AUGACCCUAAGUAUUGUUGCUAUUCCAUCGCCUUCCGAGUCUUUCUUCGACAAGACCAGCCACCGAUCCUUAGACCUGAUCAGAAUGAUAUUCAAAUACAAUGACCCUUCCUGUCUCGCCGCUCUGGCAUGCUUGCGGACAAAAAAUGACCUAAGCGCCGCCCAUCAUAAACAAGCCCAAACGCCGCCGGGUUAA